AUGGCGAGCCAGAUUCCCCGACCCGGCCCUGCCAACCUCUCGCCAAACGCAGGUUUGGAUGAGUGGCUGGAGGAAGCCAAGCAGUGCCACUACUUACCCGAGCGCGCUAUGAAGGAGCUCUGUGAGCUGGUGAAGGAAGUCCUCAUGGAGGAAUCCAACAUCCAGCCCGUGUGCACUCCAGUCACAAUCUGCGGCGAUAUCCACGGCCAGUUCUACGAUCUUCUUGAGCUGUUCCGUGUCGCGGGUGGAAUGCCCGGCGAAACCAGAGUGGAGGCACCCAAGACUGCCACCACUGUAAUCAACCCUGAAGACAUUGAGCCCCCUACCGAGAUCACAAACCCCAAGCUCAAGAAGAAGGUCAAGAACGCUGGUGGCGCUGUCGUUGAUGAGGACGAUGAGGACGAAGCGGCGGCUGCUGAUACCAGCGUCGCCUCCCGAGCUGACUCUGCCGCCGAAGUUUCCGCCUCCUCGCAGUCGGCCGAGACCCGGUUCAUUUUCUUGGGCGACUUCGUUGACCGCGGCUAUUUCAGUCUCGAGACGUUCACCCUUCUCAUGUGCCUGAAGGCCAAGUACCCCGACAGAAUUGUUCUCGUCCGCGGUAAUCACGAGUCUCGUCAGAUCACUCAGGUCUAUGGAUUCUACGAGGAGUGCCAACAAAAGUAUGGAAAUGCCUCCGUUUGGAAGGCCUGCUGCCAUGUUUUCGACUUCCUGGUCCUCGCAGCCAUCGUCGACGGCGAGCUUCUCUGUGUCCACGGCGGCUUGAGUCCCGAGAUCCGUACCAUCGACCAGAUUCGCGUCGUUGCCCGUGCCCAAGAGAUUCCUCACGAGGGUGCUUUCUGCGAUCUUGUCUGGUCGGACCCCGAAGACGUCGAGACGUGGGCUAUUAGCCCUCGUGGAGCCGGCUGGCUCUUUGGCGACAAGGUUGCGACUGAGUUCAACCACGUCAAUGGUCUCAAGUUGAUUGCCAGAGCUCAUCAGCUUGUCAACGAGGGCUACAAGUACCACUUCCCUCAAAACUCGGUCGUCACUGUUUGGUCUGCUCCCAACUACUGCUACCGUUGCGGCAACGUCGCAUCCAUUAUGACUGUCGACAAGGACAUGAACCCCAAGUUCAGCAUCUUCUCCGCUGUCCCUGAUGACCAGCGUCACGUUCCUGCCAACCGCCGUGGACCUGGUGACUACUUUCUUUGA